AUGGCAAUAACUCCAAAUGAUUGUUAUAGAAUCACAGGCCUACCGAUUACUGGAACAAGUGGUCGAGCUGGCUACGAUCCUAAUAUGAUUUUUGGAGCUCUUGAAAAGUUGGUUGAAAAGUGUCUAGGAUGGGACUCUACAAAGGCACAAUAUGAGUUUAGAAAAGCCGCAAAGAAGCCUAAGAGAGAUGAUGAGCAUAAUCCGUUCAAUGCAGACCGCUCGACCAAGAAGAUGUUGAAAAAGAUCAAGAAAGUUGGUGAUGACGGAGGAGAAGCUUACACACCAUGUGACUGCUUGUACCAACUGGGAACCAUUUUCUUCCCUGACACUUCAGGUGCUGCGGUAAACGCCCAUUACCUCCAGCUAUUGGACCCACUAGAUGAGGUGAACAACUACUGUUGGAGCAUUGCGGUUCUUUCAUUUGUUCAAGCGGAGCUCAGAAAAGAUUCGAGGCUAAAGAGUCUCUACUUUGGAGGGUUAUACACCCUUGUUCAGGUUUGGGUGUACGACCACUUCCCUUCACUGAAAUUGUCUCAUCCUCAUGAUCCCUGGCCUUAUGGGAAGCCUACAACAUGUAAAUAUGAGUUUUUGAACUCACAGGACAAGAAGAAGGAAGACAAGGUGUUGAGGUUGAGGGAGAAAUUAGAUGAUUUGACGCUUGAAGAUGUGGUUUUCCAUCCAUACGCUUAUAAUGAAGAUCAAUAUAAUAUUGAUGUUCAGCCUAUUGAUUUCUCUCCAGUCGCGGGUUACAACGGACCGUUGUUUCAUCCCGGAUGUUGUACAAUGUAUAAUCCUCGGAGAGUAUUGAGACAAUGUACUUGCAUUCAAACUAUCCCAGAUGAGGACAAAUUCAACUUCAAGGUGACGAAGCGGGGAACCAAAAACACCGAACUGAAUUUUGUUCCCAAAUACCAACUCCAUAUGUGGACCACUGGAACAACUUUUAUGAUUAUAUGGUUCCUAUUGAAGAUUUACCGAAUAUAACAAAUGAUCCAACUGCUUGUGAAGAGGGUUAUAUUGAAUGGUAUCAAAACUGGUCUCAUCCUUUGGUAAUAAACCAUGUCCAACGAGCUCGUGCUGAGAAAGGGAAAACGAAGAUGGUUGAGAAAGAGGCUCAGAGGAUUAUGAAGAAUACUCCCAAAUGUGGUGAUGAGGCUUUGAUGUUAUGGAAUGCGGCGAAAAAGGCUAGUGCUAAAAUAUUGAAGAAACUUAUGACAAAGAUCAAGAGUGGAGACUCGAUGAAAACUAAUGAACUGCAAGACCUCUACAGUGAAUUGAGUCAUGUUUUUGCACCCCCC